AUGACGAUGCACGAUACCGAACAAGGACACAGCCUGCUCCAUUGGGCCACUCCAUCUGGCUUUUUUAACAUUCUCGACUUCGUCGUUCACAAGAUGCGUCCAGAUGGUCGUGCUACAAGAACCAUUUCUCAUUGGCCUGCACAAUCGCCCAUACUCAGCGUGGACGGCGUUGAACGCUGGCUGAAUGGCUGCUCAUCAGUUGGAGCCUCCAGCCGUACGCACUGCCUCAGCAAGAUCAAGAACUGGUUUCCGUGGCCUAACUACACGCCAGCAACGCUCAGGCUGAUCUUUGAACCCAUACGCAAUGGCGAGCUUGAAAUUGAGCAUUUCGCCCAUCAGCUCGGUGCACCGCAAGUGUUUAGACGGCCGGCUGUGGUUAGUGUAGAUGCCGGCCGGCGACCUUCAAGGUCGCAGUGGCGUUCACCUAUGUCUGGCAUAGGUCCUCGACACUGCCUUCGCAAGCAAGCUACGCCAUACGCAUUUGACCUCACGUCAAGCUUGUCACAGACUUGCAGCUUGAAUCCAACUGAGAUGGUACUGCAGUCGGUGACCCAGGGUCAGUGUGCUGGCGCGCUGUGUUCUUGUUCUGGCCACAUGCUUGUCUUCGAGAAGGCAGUCUGA